GCAGGAUUCGUUUCGACCAUUUCAUUUCGUCGCAUAUUAUUGGCAAUGAUCCGCCGUCUGGGACGAGCUUAGAAGAUAUCUUUCUGUCGCUGGUUUUCUCUGUUCGCAUCGAGCUCACCGCUAUGGACCGUCUACCGUCCAAACUACCAUUCUCUAAGAAGCGCCUAAGGGCGCGCGUGGUGAUAUCAUACAUCGCCGACUAUGUCAUUAUUAUCGCCUGCGUCAUAGGCUUCUAUAUCCUCGAUGCGAUCGAGCCGUUCCAUCAGCACUUCUCCCUGCGAGACAUCACGCUAAUGUACCCAUACGCCGUACAUGAACGGGUGCCCAUACAGGACGCGAUAUUGAUCUCCCUCGUUUUCCCGGCGGCGGUCAUAGUGAUAUACACCCUGUUCAUCGAUGGCCUCUUUUCGCACAAAAAGCCUUCCACGACGUCGACAUCGGGGAGGAGGAAGCUCUCGGGUACAUACAGGUGGAAGGACAGACUGUGGGAGCUGAACUGCGGUAUUCUGGGCCUGCUGCUGUCGCAGGCCAUGGCGUUUGUUAUCACGCAGAUCUUGAAGAAUGCCUGCGGCAGACCCAGGCCGGACCUGAUCGAUCGGUGCAAACCAUCGGUCACUACGGAUCCUACGCCUCUCACUCUGUCCGACUACUCCAUAUGUACCGGCGACAAGGCACUGUUGAAGGAUGGCUUUCGCUCGUGGCCGUCUGGACACAGCAGCUCCUCUUUUGCCGGUCUUUUUUACCUGUCGCUAUACCUUUGCGGUAAACUGCAUGUCAUGGAUAACCGUGGUGAGGUCUGGAAGCUGGUCAUCGUUGUCACUCCCCUGAUCGCGGCGUCGCUCAUUGCUGUCUCCCGUAUCAUGGAUGCCAGACACCACCCAUUCGACGUGAUCAGCGGUUCGCUUCUGGGUGUCUUCUGCGCCUGGGCUUCCUACAGUCAAUACUUUCCUCCAGUAACGCAGCCGUGGAAAAAGGGCCGGGCGUACUCCAUCCGCACCUGGGCCACUGCUCCUAUUGAACCUGUCGCUCAGAUAAAGCCGUACGGAGACAGCAACGUGGCGCUCCGGAACCCUGAUGAGGAGCGAUUGGAAACAGGUGUUUACUUGCAGCCGGAGAGGUCCAACGAUCUCUCGGUGCCUAGCGGAGUGUCUGUCGCUCCAACCCCUCCUGCAUACGAGAACAACCCCUUUGGGCCCGGUGCCUAUAACCGGCGACGCCGUGAGGGGGAUGAAUACUCGUCUUCCUCGAGUGAAGAUGUCACGGACGGAUAUGAGAUGCGCGAAGGCUAUACCCGAACGGCCAAUUAUGCUGGAACCGACCAGGCCGCCCGGUACGAGCCUGAUACGACGUACCAUUCUCCGGCGUUUCAAGGGGAUCAUCUCGCGCAAGCGGAUCACUUGGGCGCGCGCCCACUCACCUAACCCAGCGCAUGAGGAGCUGGUUCGAUUCUCUGCAAGACCUCAUGAUGAACUUCUCUUGGACAUGUGUGAAGAUAUAUCCAUUUCUUCUCCUGGAUGUGAUCAACGAGCAUUGUCUUGU